AUGAAACUUCAGCAUCCCUGGAUAGUCGCAUUAUCAUUGUUAUUUGCUCUUGAAAGUGUGACUCCUAUUGUUCUAAAAUGUUCACAUCUAAAAUUGAUGAAGACAACGACUUUAAGACCAUAUGUCUCAACGACAACAGUGAGAUUUCCAUCCACUCCAAGACUACCUGUUGUAUGUGCAGCCUUGUUUCCAAUAUCUAAUGUAUGUGAUUUCGAGAAACCGUAUACACUCCCAGAUUUUCAUGACUAUUAUCCGAUUAUCCAGAUAGAUGUUCAGAAUAAUUUUACGUGUUUGAAAUAUGUAGGUGGUUACGCUUGGAAAACUCCUUUUCUAUGUGUUUGUUCCGGCAUGAGCUGUGUAUACGAAGGAGAAUUGCUGAAAGCUCUCAGUAAUAUUGAACAGAAAACCGUAUACGGGACUACAACAGAUGAAUCUUAUGUGCGCGAACUAGGACAGUGCAUAAUAGAUAGAAUUAAAAAAAGAAGGGAGACUCACACCACUACAGAGGACUUUCAAAAUGAGGAUUCGGAGGUGGAUGCUUCUCAUCCGCUUCUCUCCUGGUACACUAGAGUUAUAGAAAGUGAUGAUGAUGAUGAUGAUGAAUAUUGUUCAAGAGAUGAAAGUGUCGACAUUGUUUUACUGGCAGCGUUUCUCUACAUUACGAAGAAAGAAAACCCUCUUGAACCAUUCAAAGAUGUCCUUAAACGACAAAAACCGGAAACUCCUGGACUACCGUAUGAAAUGAAGGUGUUCUCCAAUAAUCUCCCAAAAUCAGUAGGCAAUCCAUGGAUAGGAGCGUAUUCCAAACACGGGUUUUGGUACAAAUUCCAUGAAGGAGACAAGAGUGAUUUCGAUAAGCUGGUUGCGCUCUCGUCCGAACAGAACUCCUACAUGCUCAACUACGACUACGUGAAUGCGUGGGAGAAAGCAUACGGUAAAAUGAACGUCCGCAUAGUUGUGGCUAAAAACUUAAAACGCGAAGUAAUGGGAGGAGUGGUUGCUAUAAAAAAGAAGGAUUACACACAAAUUGGGACCUACUUCGUAAUGGAAGAGUAUCGACAUUCAGGAAUCGGAUCAAUGCUUUUCAAGGAAUUACUUCGUGGGAACGAAGGAGUAUUUCAAGCAAUGCACCAUCUGCUUCCCACUGUUGAAAGGUUUGGUCUUGAUAAGUGCACUGGACGACGACUCAAUCACAUUAAAAUCGAGAAUCCUGAUGGCUUUCCGGAUUUGCAGGAAAACCUAUCCGAUGGUAGAGUCGUUUCUAGCGAUGAAUUCACUCCAGGAAAUUGGCAUUCAGUAACUAUCUUUGAUCGAGAGGCAAGUGGAGAAAUGAGACCAAUACGCGAAUUGCUUGCGUUAGAAGAUUCCGCAACUGUUGCUAUUUUCAAUAAUCAGGAUGUCUGCCUCGGCUUUGGAAUGUCAAGAGAACUUGUUGGUGAAGGUGUACGAAGGAUUCUCGUUGGACCAUUAUACGCGACUAGUCAACUAUUUGCUGAAGUGAUCACUAAAGCCAUACUCAAUAAAUACUACAAUCCACAGUGGGAUUUCGACUUCAAUCCUGACUGUUUCGCGAUCUACAGAAGAAGCGUCGAGUUUCUUCUGCCUGUUGAAGAAAGAAUGCUUCCUGUGAUCCUGAAACUCAAUGGAGAAGAAGGAAAACUUUCAAGAGAACGCAUGUGGUACCAGACAUGCUCAUCUAAAAAGCUUCCUGACGCAAGAUUAGACAUGGUUUACGUCGCUGGUGAUCUUCAUUCGGCACUUGUCUGA